GUUGGUCAUCCUUGCGCUCGUAAUUCACCGCCUUGCCUCCACUACCUCUCGAUCGUCCUCUGCCUUCGCCCCGAUCGCUUUUUUCCUUACGGUUUUUCAAAUCUUCCUAUCCCUAUACGUUACGAGCAACACAAGUGCAAAAGAUGGCUGCCUCCCCGAACUUUAACGAGGUCACAUCCCCGGAGCACUUCCAGAACCUCCUCUCUCAGGACCUCACCCGCAUUUCGCUCAUCAACUUCUGGGCACCAUGGGCGGAGCCGUGUAAGCAGAUGAACGAGGUCGUGCUUGAACUGGCGAAGAAGUAUCCGCAGAUUCUAGUGCUGCAGGUGGAGGCGGAGGACCAGGCGGACAUCGCGGAGUCGUUCGACGUCGAGGCCGUACCGACCUUUGUGAUCCUCCGGGGCCACACGCUUCUGUCGCGCAUAUCAGGCGCAGACGCGCCCAAGCUCACCUCCGAAAUCGCAAAGCACACCGCCCCGCCCUCGUCCAUCAAGCCCCAAUCCACGACCGACCGCGCUCCCGCCUCCGCGCCCGAGCACGACGCGGAGACGCCCGAGCAGCUCAACGCACGGCUCAAGAAGCUCAUGACGCAGUCCGACGUCGUGCUCUUCAUGAAGGGCUCUCCCGACGCGCCGCGGUGCGGGUUCUCGCGGCGGAUCGUGGGGCUGCUGCGCGACCAGGGCGUGCAGUUCAGCAGCUUCGACAUCCUGCAGGACGAGAGCGUGCGGCAGGGCCUGAAGGUGCUGAACGACUGGCCGACGUUCCCGCAGCUGAUCGUCAAGGGCGAGUUCGUGGGCGGGCUGGACGUCGUGAAGGAGAUGGUGGACAAUGGGGAGCUGAAGGAGCUGUUGGCGGCGUAAGGGUAGAGCUGUACGACAAGGGCAGUCUAUCUGGUGUAUUUUUUGUGUACGUAUCGCGAUUCCGAUUGUCUAUUGCUCUCUUGUGCGAUAUCUCCGAGGUGGUUAUCCUAUGUGUGAGCAGGUGGCAAAUUGUCU